UACCCACCUGGUGGCGUACCACCCAUCAACGCGAAGCUCUCCUACGAUCCGCAGCAGCAGCUCACCAUCGCCACAGCGAUCCAGGCCAUGAUGUCUCGCCAAGACCAGAUGGAGCAGUCCUUCGCCCAGUUCCAGAACACUAUGGCGGCCAUGAUAUCGGGCUCCACCGAGGUGCCCAACGCUCCGCCUGCGAAGUCCCGCCCUACCAGCAGGCCCCUGACGCCGCGGACGGCAUCUCAAGUGGAGGCAGCCAUCAUCAAUGCGGUCAAUCCGACGCCUGGCUCAGAGUCCUUCGCGGAUCAGCUCAGGAAGCAGAUGAUAAACAUGUCCCUACCGCCGCCACUGGAGAAGACUUUCCUG